GUAAGCACAUCCGGCUACUGUGUUGUAAGGUAACGUAAAGUACGAUUGCCGGCUACGAUGGACGUCUUUAAAAGAUUUCGCGUUAUUUUUCUUGCUUUUAUGAUUUUGACAGCUGUCUUAUCUUUUGCAGAAGAUGCAGAACAAGCUGAAGAGGAUGAAAAUGACACGAAAGCUGGGGAAGAUAAUGAGGUACGAGAGGAGGAGGGUGUGUUAUAUUUGACUGAUGACAACUUUGACAAAGUAACAGAGAAAUAUGAUGCUAUUCUUGUGGAGUUCUAUGCACCAUGGUGUGGUCAUUGUAAAAGCCUGGCACCUGAAUAUUCAAAGGCUGCCUAUAAACUGAAAGAGUCAGAGGUACCUGUUCCUCUUGGUAAGGUUGAUGCCACUGUUAACUCGGACUUAGCUGCAAGAUUUGGUGUGUCUGGAUAUCCUACUUUAAAAUUUAAGAAAGAUGGAACUUGGAUAGAGUAUGAUGGUCCCAGAGAUGCUGAAGGAAUUGUGACCUGGGUGAGUGAGAAGGCUGAUCCUAACUACAAACCACCACCAGAGACUGUUGUGACAGUAACCAAAGAUAAUUUUGACGAAUUUAUCAAUAGUGCAGAACUUGUACUUCUUGAAUUUUAUGCACCAUGGUGUGGCCAUUGCAAAAGACUUGCACCGGAAUAUGAAAAGGCAGCUCAACGUUUGAUACUUCAUGAACCCCCAAUACCCCUGGGAAAGGUUGAUGCUACCGUGGAAAAAGAGCUGGUGCAGCAGUUUGGAGUGACUGGAUACCCGACUUUAAAAAUGUUCCGAAAUGGCAAACCAUCUGACUACACAGGGGGCAGAGAUGCUUUUGGUAUUGUUGAUCACAUGCACAAAUAUUCCGGUGAGGCAUCCAAGCUUCUACCUGAACUGAGAGAUGUGAAGAAUUUGAUAAGCAAGGAAUCAGCAACCAUUAUUGGGUUCUUUGACAACCUUGAAGAUGAGAAAUUAAGAGCAUAUAUGAAUGUUGCCAACGACAGAAGAGAGGACCUCACAUUUGGUCACACCCUGUUGCCAGAGGCCCGAGAUAUCUACAAGGUGAACCCUGGCAGUGUCGUCGUCUUCAAACCUGAAAAAUUUUAUACUAAAUUUGAACAGAAAUAUAGCAUACUGAAAGUGGCUGACAAGUCUGAGGAAGAAAUUGCUGCAUUUGUCAAAGAAAACGAGUUGCCACUGGUCGGAGAAUACACUCAGUCUACCUCCAAGUUUUAUGAUGAGUACCAGAAAGAUAUCCUGUGUGUUGCAUUUUACACAGUAGACUGGAGUUUUGACCAUAGAGACGCCACCCAGUUGUGGAGAAAGAAGGUAGCAAAUAUUGCCAAGGACUAUAAGGACAUAAAGUUUGCUAUAGCUAAUGAAGAGGAUUACAUUAAUACAAUGAUGAAGGAGGUUGGUCUGGAGGAUUCUCCUGAGGAAUUUAACUUGGGAUGUGUGAAGAACGGUAAAAAAUACAGGAUGGAACCCAUGGAUGAAUUUGAUGAAGAUGAAAUUCGAGAAUUCCUGAACAAGCUGAAGAAAGGUAAACUGACACCACAGAUCAAGUCUCAGUCAGUUCCAAAGAAGAACACUGGACCAGUCAAAGUUGUCGUUGGUAAGACAUUCGACCAGAUUGUUCUCGAUAAAAAGAAAGACGUUUUGAUUGAGUUUUAUGCCCCAUGGUGCGGACAUUGUAAAAGUCUAGAGCCAAUUUAUAAAGAGCUUGGAAAAACAUUGAAGAAGGAGAAAAAUCUUGUGAUAGCAAAAUUAGAUGCUACUGCAAAUGACGUUCCUGAAAUUUUUAAAGUGGAAGGAUUUCCAACAAUUUAUUUUGCACCAGCAAACAAUAAGAAAAAUCCUUUGAAGUUUGAUGGUGACAGGACUGUAGAAGGAUUUACCAAAUACUUGAAAGAAAAAGCAGCCGUGUCAUUUGGCAAGAAUCUCAAAGAGGAGUUAUAACAUAACGCUUACCAUUUAGACAUCUGUUACCUUGUUUAUAUAAUCAUCCUUAAAUAACCAAA